UUGCUCUUUAGUGUGUUUCUGGCUAGUGUGUUUAGCUAAGUGCAUAGAUUGAAAACGUUUUCUGAUUCGCUAACUUACAUUAAAAGUUUCCAUAUGUUAUUUAAGUAUUUAUAGGUGUGAAAUUAUAAUGUAGCGACGUUGAAGAAAAUAAAUCCUGCCAACACGGUUAUAAAGCUAACAUUAUCUUCGCUAGCUAGCUUAUCAGCCACACUGGGCACUGUUUUUAGCACAAUGUCUCUUUGACGACAUGACUUCCCGCCAGUGGUGUCGCUCAAUUUCUAUAUUUAUCAUCUUGUUGGGACGUUUGGCUCACGCAGCCACAGAAUCGGGGGUCACGUCAACCGUCACUCCUGGCCCUAAAAAUGGGGAGCCCCUCAGCUCAGCUACUCCUGCUCCGGGCGGUACAGCGGCUCCGGACGGUACAGCGGCUCUGGACUCCACCAGCGUGGGCACCACAGAGGCGACCUCCCUGGACUUCACCCAGGAUUUCACUCUGGACUCAACCACAACACUGACUGCGUCUGAAGCUCCAACUGCGGUCACUGAAGCGCCCCUCUCAACCACCGUCCAACCUGUGGUGGCUUCAGAGGGUUGUCUCUGUGAUUUAACCCCUGAUUUCUGUGACAUUGGCUGCUGCUGUGACACAGUCGAUUGUGGCAUCGCGAACUUGAGUUCUGUCUUCACCGGAUGUCCACAGAAAGCCAUAUCGGGAGUUUGCAUUGAGAAAUGGCUGAUGUUCAGGGCUAACGUGGAUUCGUCUCUUGUCACUGUGACUGACUCCUUGUUUUGUGUCCGGCCUGAAGAUAAGUCACCGCACCCCCUCCCAUCUCUACCUCAGUAUCCUUUAGGGGACUCAUACCACUUCUCACCACCAGCACCUACAAGCAGCAGCCACAGCAGAGAUUUCUACAGGGUUGAUGAUGUCAUCCAGACAUAUUUCUCCAAAUCGUCUGUGCAAGGUCUCCUUCGCCAGCCAUCUCCAGGGCCUGCUGCUGCAUUUUGUGUCAACCGCAACCCUGCAAGAUUCUUGAGGUCUGUGUCUCUAUCUUGUACACGCAUGUUGACUCCUCAGUCUUGCACUACAGACCCAAAUUUAAAUGCCCGCUCCUACUUCUCUGACCUGAGCCUGAUCAAGAUUCCAAUAGCUGAGACGGCACGAGUGUCAGACUUUCUGAUCCCAGUUACUCCACUGUCUGACUGGCUUGCACCCAGUCAAAAAAACAACUCCUGCAUCAAUGUGGUGAAAAAUGUGGAGUUUGUCAUAGGAUACACUGGCAGAGGGGAGAUAAUGUACGCAACGAUGAACGUAGUCUUAACUGAUGUGGAUCCAAAUCAGUCGCUGUUGCAGACACACUCUGUACAGUUCCAGCUGACAACACCCAGCGCCACCCCAGGAGGGCUGAUCCCUGCAGUCGGACUGAGAGUGGGAUCUCCUGUCAUUAGUCGCUUUAAUGAAGAAGUGAAGCCUCUGACCGUGCUGGGGGUGUCACAGAGCGGGGAGUGUUCCUCUGACCCCAGCAGACGAGCACCCAUCCUCUUCACACACAACAUUGUCACUGGCUGCACAUUCACCUCCCCAUUAAGUGACUGUUCAGAGCUGCGUUCCGAGAUUUACGGGAUCUUGCAGGGACUUGCUUCUCCUGAUGUGAUCGCCAUGAACAUGGGCUCCCAACCUGACUGGACGAGAGUCAUCACCCAGGAGUGUCCUAUCAGCCUGCAGGAAACGUGUGAAUCGGGCUGCUUCCUCCCCAACUCUCUCUCCAUACAAGUACUGUGGGCCCGCCAGGGUCUCUUAGACCUCCCCCAGAACUACAUCCUGGGGGCCAAAUACCUUUUCCAGUGUCGAAAUGUCAAGUGUCCUAUGUCGUCCCCUAUCGCUCUAACCACCGAGGUGACUUUUGUCGAUACUACGGUUUACCCAGAACCCCCCAGGGGCUUGCCUCAGCCUAACUGGAAGUUUCCAUUUGGCUUCUUCACUCGAGGUGCUUCUGAGCUUGACGGGCACUUUGUCAUUAACGGCAGUAACGCUGAGAAAGUCACAUGGAGUUUAUUGCUGUUCACAGUAACGUUACUAACAGGAUUAGAGUUCUUCAGAAGGUAGUCGGAUUUGAGGACUUCUUAUCUUGAGGAAAUAACUGUACAUGAAAGAAUGUUUAGUAUGUAAAUUUUAUUUUGUUAACUUUUUUUAUUGUACAAAGAGAUCUCCUUCCCAGGAAAAACAUU